AUGGGUAAAAAAGACAAGCAACGUAAAAGAUUAAGAAAAUUUGUUCAGUUGAAGGAAGCUCAAAGACUUUUCGAUGAUCCGACGACUCCAAUUGCGAAAGAGACUAUAUUAGCGAAUGCCAUUCCAAUUAAACUGGAAACCAAAUUGAAUGCAACGUUACCUACAGCCAAAAAAGAACCCGAUCACGAGCUGCAGAGAAUUAAAAAAGGUACAGAGAGCUGUCUAUUUUCUCCCAAAUUAACUACUUCCAAUCCACUUAGAGAAACUGAUCUCUCUCUUAGUACCAAUGAGAGAAUAAUUGAUAAGUCUGUUGCCAUAACCACAUCUUUAAGAGAAUCUCAUUCUCUGGAGUUGGGGUCAGAAUAUGGUAGCAUUGAUUUUGAGAAUAGUGUAGCUAAAGAUGGCAAUUUUAACGUGUGCCAGGCUCACCAAAUUAAAAUUUCAGCAACUAGACUUCAUUUUAUAAUCGCAUGCAUUUGCAUUUCAAUGUUAUCAUUAGGUGCCGAUUUUAGCUUCACUCUUGUAUCAUCACCUAGCAUAAGCUCAGAAUUUGAUCAUCUAGCAGAUUUUUUUAUCAUCUUUGGUAUUUAUUUGUUAGCAAUACCGAUUGCUUUUUAUGUUACCUCGUUGACUAUCAAAAAAUAUUUUAUUAGCUCAACCAUACUAUCCAAUUUACUUGCUUUAAUAAGCAGCCUAUCAUGUACUUAUUUCAAGGGAUUGAACAUGUUGGUAUUGUCUCGUAUUCUGUUUGGUGCAGCUUGUGGAUCAUGUUGUUAUAUAGAUCUCACAUUAUGUGAAAAGUUAGUACCAACUAAUACUAAAAACAAGUAUUCUAAUAUCGCUCUUGCACACUUUGGUUUAGGUACAAUUAUACCCGCUCUGUUGCUAAAUAGAAAUAUUUUAACUGAGUGGAGCAGCAUGGAAACUACCAUCACAGUCAUCUUCGCUCCUUUGAUAGUUAGUUUCUGGUUAGCCCUACCGAAGACCGAUAAAAACACGUUUGAAUAUAGUCUACAUGGCAUGAAAAUGAGGCAUUAUCUGAUACUGCUCCUUACUCUCUUCACAACAUCUGCCCUUUACAUUAUUGCAUGUUCGAGUUUUGAUUUCCCCAUUACGUACAGCUCACUUUCCCUGUGGUUCACAUAUUUGGCUGUUGUAUUUUACGCUGCUAAAGAAAGUAGGAACAAAGGGAUAUAUGACGCAGAAAUAUCUUGCUGGUUUCUAACGGGUGCAUAUGUCUCCACGACAAGCUUCAUUUUUAUGCUAAUGGAAAUUCAAGAUCUCAAUACAAAGUCAUUAUAUCUAUCAUUGACUCUAUCGACAUUCCUGGGUGCGGUCGUUGCCAAAAAAUUCCUAGAAGACCAUAUUUAUAUAAAUAUGGUCAUUCAACUAAUUUUGUUAGUUUUACAAGGGAAGGUAAUAGAUGUACAUUCAUUCGUCACCUCAAAAACCAUCUACCUGACGGCUCUGACCUCCACCUUAAUGUUUUCAUUUGGGGUGGCCCUUGGUUCGUAUUUUUCAAAAUUAAACAAGGAAAAGAAUAUUAUUACUAUCUUAGGUGAGGGAACGACAUCCGCUCUUUUCGCUAUAAUUGUCAGCGGCGUCCCAUUUAAGGGAAUAGUUCAAGAAAACCUAAAAAGAGAGUUGAGCCAAUACCUACCAGGAGACCAUUCAGUCGAUGAAUUGAAAUAUGCUAUUAAAAAAGCGCUAAGCUCAGUAGAGUGGAUUAGGGAAGAUUCUCCAGACCUCAUCUCCACUUCUAUCUUCUCCUGCUAUCUCGAUUCUAUCAGAUAUGUUUUUAUCUUCAAUCUUUUUUGUACGUGCAUUGGCAUCAGUUUUUUUCACUUAGCUAGAACCCACAAACAAUCUUCAAUUUAA